CUUUACGGCACCUGAGAAGGCGUGUGAAAAGGCACCGAAAUAAUGAUAAUGGUCAACCGCUCGAAAAUUAACUCUAUAUUUGGAGAGAACUGAAUGAAAUGGGGAUUCAAGGCACGUAGAACAAUAUUAUUUUGUUCAGGGAUUGGGUUAAAAUCCAGGGUUACAUUAAUUUGAACCCUAAUGAUAUUUUCCAAUUUUCUAAUCAAGUUGUUAUAUAAAUCAAUAUAUUAUCACCUUGAUUCUUCAGCAUGCCACCUUCCCUUUCUUCGUACUUAUGUUUAUUUUCAAAACGCAACGUGAAAUUAAUGUAAGACGUCCUUCAGUUUCUCCUUCUGCAAGAAUUCCUUCGGCGGCACCAGCACUGGCUGCAAUUUUGAUCUUUGCUGUGACGGUAGUACCGCCGCGAUUUUCGUACUAAUCUUAUGGCAACGACCAGGAGGAGAGGGCCAAAUGUGUCCGUUUUACACCUGAAAGGUGCCUCGGAACCACCUUGGGAAAAAGGAUCGACGGUACCGCAACACUCAUCUGCCGCAGCCCGAUCUUAUUUUGCUUCCUCAAGAAGUAAUACGACCUCCAGCGUACCAUCAUCGGGUCCUCCACUGAUAAAACAUCAAUCGUUGGGUAGCAGUACCAGUAGCGGUACCGCUCAUAAAUGGUCGAACUCGCCGAGUUUUCAUUCCGGUUCUGAAGUGAACUCGCCAGGAAUAUUCACGUUCAGUGGCAGUUAUAAUCGCGAGCUUUCGCCAAUGAGAUGGUGUGAUCGAGAAGUUGACGGAGUCUACUUGGGCAAAUCAGGCUGGGUACAAGUCCAACAACGAUCACUAGAAGACAAUCGUCGCGCCAGCUAUUCCGUGAACCUGGCCAAAUCGAUACAAUCGCGUCGUACCGGCGUCAAGCUAGCCAAUUAUCAUUUUUACAGUGAACCGAACAAGUUCGGUUCGCGGACGAAUAGUGUCGAUUAUUCGCAACCGAUUCGCGCAGAACCUCCUAAAAAAGAAGUGCCUCAUCCUCAAAGACCUGCCGCGCUUCAACUCAAACAAAAUCGAAAUUUCAGAAGUCCUUCGCCUACACCGCCCGAUCCGGGUUCGCCAAAAUCUGUCACGCCAAUUAUUUCGCCGCCUCCGGCGUUUCAAGACAAAACCAGAAGCCCGGCGAAAUCCAAAAUGUUUUUCGGUAAAACUCCGUUUUUGCCGCGCUCCAAAGCAAUAGAAGACAGUGAUAAUACGCCGCCAUCGUCUCCGAUAGGUGGAGGCAAAUGGGUUACCACAGCACCAAACGCACCGUUACUAGUCAAACCAAAACCUGUUAUCAAAACUUCACCAGGAAUCGAAAAACCUCCAAGAGCAAUGAAGAAAGUACCACAAACCAAAUCUUUAGAAGACACCACUGCUUCUAGACGCAUGCAGUUCAAGCACCAAUAUGGUUCGUCUUCAAGCUCAUCGAGUUCGAUGGGUUUUCGAAGCUUAGAUAGUUGUUUGAAUAGGGCCAGCAACGUAAUGCCGAAACUUGUUGAAAACGCUGCCGAUGCUUGUGGCGAUGCCGACGAGGAGGAUAAUAAUAGUUCGUCGGCUGCUAAUGUCAGUUUGAUUAAUCCAAACCUGUUGCAAGCUGAGUUUAAUAGGAAAUUGUCACCUUCGGGAAGGAAUAGGUCUGCACAUUAUAGAAACCAACUUAGACGUUCACCAGCAGGAUCAGACGCUAAACCAUCAUCAGGCUCGUCAUCUUCAAGCAGUAACGAAUUUUUAUCACGUUCACCGCCCACUCCUCAACAUCCCACAGUUAUCCGAAGAACUGCCGCCGGUAGACAGUUCCAACCGCCCUCAAAACCCAAUCCAGAAGACAGUUUAUCAAGAGUGAGACGUUCCAGAAGUCUUCAGCUACCAGAACGUCAGCCACCUCCAACUUUCGGCCAGCAAAAGCUUUCCCCGCAACAUCCCGAUCACAGAGUGGUAGUCAAAGUAGGACCUCCGCCUGAAAGAGGUCAAUAUUCAGCUUCGAUAGACAGACCUCAGUUUAGUAGUGUGCAAACGCCGUCGGUUGAGAGGGCGGAAAUGUUGGAGGAUGAAAUGUUGAGGGAGGCUGAAGUGGUUACAGGGUUUCUUUAUGGGAAUCGAUCGAGGGCUGCAGCACAAGCAUUACUUAUGCAUAGAUAUAACAACAACAACAUAUCAGUAGAAGAAAAAAACAAAGAAUCCAACAAACCAGCCUUGAAUAACGAACUCACCGUUUACUACGUUGGCAAUAACAGAGCCGAGCGACAAAGGGUGCUGUUGCGCGGCGCUACUAGUCCCAGCUUGCCGUCUUCGAGCAAAAACAGCUUCGACAAUGCGAAAGACAACGUCGAAAAGGGCCCUUGCAAUCCGGAAACUUGCGAUUACUGGCCUCACUGCGUGCACAGAGAAAACGUCAAUCGUGAACCGUAUUUCGUGAUGCGAUCUUCGCAGAGUUAUCCUUCGCAUCAGAGAUCUUUGGAUUCUGUUACUACUAGUGAUUCUAGCAGGUCUGCCUCGACAGUUAUCGAAAAGAAGUCACCAUCGGAACAAUUCAAACAAAGACGUUCGGACAGAAAACCGCCCCAACAACCGGAAUAUCGAAGGAUCAGCCCCAAUAGGCCUCCAGCAACCGGUGGCAGCAUAAGGCGCAACGGAUCGACGGAAAUGCCGGUCCUCGAAAGGAAAUCAUCACCGCGAGCCAGUUCGUCUUCGGGAAGCGACGUGUGGUUGAACACGUCCAGGGUGUCGUCGGUGAAAGGUUCCCGAGCGUCCACUCCGGUGGAAACCUUUUCCGAUAAGGACGGCAGGACAAUAUUGUCGCGUCCCGGAAGCGCUCCGAUGCAGGAAGUGUCCGCGUCCGAGCUAGUGUCUCAGCAGAGAUCGAUGUCGCUACCGAAAUCGUUUCUUACUAGUGCCGGCGGUGGUGUUGGUUGUGCAUCCGGCGGGAGUUAUUCGCAAAGUAAUCAAGUUCCUCGAAAGAAACAAGGAACCGACAGUGUCCGCUCUUCUCCGGGAAUAAUACGGAAAAUUCCAACACCUGAAGUGGCCCAUACCGCUCCGGUGACUCCUUUGCAUGAAGGUCGACGUCUUCGAUCUCCUCUAGAAUCUUCUAGAAGACCUAAAGCUACAUCCACGCCGCAGUUACUAGAGCUUCAAAGCGAUUCGAGACGUUGGAGCGAAGGGCUUAGAAACAAAAGUGCCGAGUCCUUGAAACCUUGCAUCGACGAUGACGGCAGCUUUGAAAAUCUUCCUUAUGUUCCAUCCAACGAAAGUGUCUUACAAAAAUUCCGUAAAACGAUUUCCUUACAUUUUUCGCAACGCAAGUCCAGCAAAGAAAGUUUCGCAUCGGAUGAUACUGCCUCGGACGCGUUGCCUUCCGAAGAAGAGUCGUCUCCGAGACAUACGGGAUCAGCAACGUCUUCUGGAGAACGUUACAAUGUUGAAAAAGACGAAAAAUAUCGUUUCGGUUCUUUAAUCUGGCGCAGCAGCAAAGAACGCAAGAAAAAGCCAAACAAAGCGGCACGAAGUGCCAAAUGCAACAGCGGAGACAGCGGCAUUCAAAUCGAGAUGCCGGGUGGCUACGGGGGCGGCGAAAGUAGCGAAUCUCACGACACCGAUGGACCGUUGUACGACAGCCCGCCAAUUCUACGCCGCAGACCUCCUGGCGGUCGGACUCAUCUUGUACGACCCCAUUCUGAUUUUGUGAAUCGGACUUUAGCUGACAAGGCUGACGUCAAAAACCAGCAGCAGCAAAACCAAACCCACCAACAACCGCAACGCUCGGCGACCAGACAAGUUCGUCGGACGCGCAGCGAUCUGGGCGGUCAACGUCUGCUCGGCUGGGAGCAGCGACAGGCUGCGCGCAAGUUGCUGCGCAGCAUGGCGACGUCGCGACGACCGCUCAGUCCGCGCAAGCGCCCGCCCGACGAAAACGACGAGGACGGUUUGGUGGUGUUGCGCAGGAACGUGCACGGAGCGCCGCCCAGACGACCCGCUUUGCGACGGUCGCUGAGUCAACCGAUCGAUAUCGAUAAAAUGUCACCGUUGUUGAUGAAUACCAAAUCUUUAACAAGUCAGCCAGGUACAACUACGACUACAAACGACCUAGAAAAUCGCAUAACGAGCUCAGACGAAGACACUAUGUCAGAUUCAGACGUCUCAUCCAUAGCUUCGCUAGGCCGACACAAAAACUCCUUGGAUCUUCCAGACCCUGACGAAGACGUGGUAGUCUUAGCUGAAGCGGUUUUCGAUCAUGUAGCAAUAGAAGCUGACGAGUUACCAUUCAGAGCUGGCGACGUUAUCGAAGUCGAAGAUACGGCGGACCGGGAAUGGUGGUGGGGUUCGAAUAAUUCAAGAUCGGGUUGGUUUCCAGCACAAUUUGUCCGAUUAAAAGUCAGCCAAGAGGAUACGGUCGAAGAUUGUCUAGCGGCUAUAGCAUCUGGUCGACCGGUGUCGACGCAGAUUCGUCGUAGGACUAGCAUUUCGUUGUUAUCGAACGAUCAAGUGCGGACUAGUGUGGUGCGCGAACUGGUGAACACCGAACGGGAUUUCGUCAAAGUUUUACGGGACGUUUCCGAGGGUUACAUAUCGGAAUGUAGGAAACGGAAAGACAUGUUUUCCGAAGAGCAAAUAUCUAGGAUUUUUAUUAAUUUAGAAGAUAUACUCGAAUUUCAAUUGGAGUUUCUCCGAGAUUUGGAGAAUUGUAUCAAUUGGGAGGCGCCUUACAAAACUUGCCUGGGCGAUUGCUUUUUGAAACACAGCGAAGGGUUUAAAAUGUAUUCGGAUUAUUGUAAUAGUCAUCCAUUGGCAACUGCAGCGCUGCAAGACCUCUACCAAUGCAACAACUACAGUAAGUUUUUCGAAGCCUGUAGAUUAAUGAGAGGGCUGAUCGAGAUACCUUUAGACGGCUACUUACUUACUCCAGUUCAAAGAAUUUGUAAAUAUCCAUUACAAUUGGCCGAAUUAUUGAAGUACACUCGUAUGGAUCAUGAAGACUAUUCCAAAAUUAAGGAGGCUUUGAAAGUAAUGCGUGACGUUGCUAUGUUGAUUAAUGAAAGAAAAAGGAGGAUGGAGAGUUUGGAGAAAUUGGCGGCAUGGCAACAGAGAGUUGAUGGAUGGGAGGGUGAAGAUCUCAUUGAAGUAAGCUCACAACUGAUCAGGCAAGGAGAAAUGAUAAGAGUGACUACAGGCAUGUGGACUAAUAAUAUAACACUAUUUCUUUUUGAUCAUCAAGUUAUUUAUUGUAAAAAGGAUAUACUUAAGAGAAACACUUACGUCUACAAAGGACGAAUUUAUCUAGACUGUAGCGAAAUUAUAGACGUGCCUGACGGAAAAGAUUCAAAUCUGAACGUAAAUGUCCGACACGCAAUCAAACUCCUAGACGGUGCCCGAGACAAGUGGUUCAUAUUUUGUUGCCGGUCCGCCAAAGAAAAACAAAGGUGGUUAGAAGCUUUCGACGAAGAAAGGCGCCUGGUCAAUCAAGAUAAGAACGACGGGUUAGAUUUGCCACCUGCGGCGCGCCAUUUGGCCAGGGUGGCAGCCUAUCGACAAAAAAGACCACCUAGGAAACUAAGACACACAAGUAGCAACAUAAAACAACAAAGUGGUUAUUUAGGUUCUUCAAUGCUCCAGCUCAAUGUAACGCCAUCGAAUUCCCAUUCGCUUCUAGGUAGAAAAAUGGCCACUUGGUUCAAUUUUGGUGCGGGGAAAAAGUCACGAUCUCAAGAUGUUUCGUAAAAAAUGUUAGAUGUUUUUCCAAUGAAUUCUUAGUAGCUAAUUGGUUAGACUAUAUAUAUAUUUUUUUUUUAAAAUUAAUUGUUGUGUAUAAAUUUUUAUGUAGAAAUGACAAUAACGAAUUUAUUGGAAACUAAAGUGGUUUUAAAGAGAAUUUAUAUAGACGAGGAAAAUGUAUUGUAAUAAAACACGAAUUUCCUUUUUCAACUUUUCAGGUGCAUAUUUAAAUUUGAAAUUCAUAUCCUUCUAGAAUAAUAUGCAACUGAAUAAUAAUUUUUAAAAUAUUAUAAUAUAUGCCAAAUAUUAAAUUAUAAUGUAUUUUGUACUACAACUAUAUACAGUGGAGUUCUUGAAUGACAUCAAAUUUACCAGAAUCUCUGAUUAUGAGUCACUCACAUAUAUAGGUCAAAAAAAAUUCAAGAACCUUUUACUGCAUAAAAUAAAAUUAAGUCUAGUAUCGUAUCUUAAGCCUUUGUAAAUUAAAUUUUUUCCUCGUUUAAGUUAUACAAAGUGUUGUUAAAAUAUCUUAAAAUGCAAUAUAUUGAUUAAAAGUGAUAUUGGCCGAGUGCCAACAGUGCUGUGGUAUCAAUUUGAAUGGAGCAAUGGGCCUAAACCUGUAAAUAUUAACUAAACAUAUAAACGGCCUUUGUUAAACAAAAACACUAUUUUAGUCUUUAAAACGACUGAUUAUAAUGUUUGUCUUGUUAUUGUCUAUCCUAACGCACAAUUCUUCGCAUUUUCUCUCUCUGAUUCCUUAUGUCUGAAACUUUUCUAUAUGGCACAGGGUAUUAGAUGUCGAUUUUGAAUGAUCUACAAAAUAUCACUGUUUUUUGGUGUGUAAAAAAAUUUAAAACCUUUAUGCCUAUAUUCAUAUCCUUGGACCAAGCCCAUUUUUAUACCUAAACACUUCUUGAAUGUUUGUGUAUUUUUAUUUUUGACUUUUAUUGUAAUAUUAAAACUUUUUAAGAGUUUGUAUUUUUUUAGUUGUUUUAUUUUUUAAUUCUAAAUAUCGUCGACUGAUUCUAAGAAAUAAUACAGGUGCCAAUAAUCCAUUAUAUCACUUUUCUAUCAUUGUUUAGUUAUAUAAAACGAUGUAGGUUGUAAAACUAUUUAUAAGGGUUAAAAUUUAAGAUCAUAUAAAAAUGCAUAAUAUGCUUUAUAAGUAGAGGAGUAGUUGCAAUAAGCGACUAAAGGAAUUUUUCUUAACACAAUAAUGGAAUUUAAAGUUUAAAGCCGAUUAAAUUGUUGAAGAACGGUUUUGAGGUUUACUAACCAUGCUCACUUCUUUACUUACCCAUUUAUGAAAAAUAGUUUUUGUGGAAACGUCGGUAGUGUGGGUUACCUUAAACCAUUUCAGAAUAAUAGAAAAUGACUAUUUUGUGACAUUUCUGUAUGGGUCUUCUGUGUAAAAUUUUUAGUAUUCAGUCUUGCAAUAAUAAUAAUAAUAAUUUAUUUAUGUUAAUUACACAGUCUAGAGUGUUAACAUACGUCACUAAAAAAAUUACAAAAUUUCAAAAUUCAAUACCAUUUAAAACACACAUUAAAAAAUAUUACAUAUAAUUAGUACUAAUUUGGAAAGAAAUUCAUCUAUACAAAAUCUACAAAACUGUUCAUCCAGAGAAUAGAAACAUUGCUCAAUUAGGUAUGGUUUUACCUGUGGUUUUACUACAAGCUUAAACUGUUUUGUAAGCAACAUUUUCACUGUGGAAGGCAACCUGUUGAAAAAGUUAGCACCAUAGAAUGCUAUUCCCGAGGGGUGGUUAACUACUUAAAACAUGUACCCUGUAAGAGUUUGAGGAUUUUGAAAAUCUUCAUAUGAUUUUACAGGAUUUUAAAAGAUUUUAGGUGAUUUUGGAGCAUUCAUUUCAGGGAAGUUAGAAGAGUUUUUAGAGAUCCUAAAGGAUUUUUAGAAAUUUUAAAUUUUUGAGGAUCCCAAUAAGGAUUUUUGGAAAUGUUAAAGGAAUUUUUUUAUUAGGAAUUUUAUCGGAUUUUGCCGGAUUUUUUUUUUGUUCUAAUAAGAUUUUGUUAGAUUUUUAAAAAUUUUAGAGAUUUUCAGGGAUUUUAAGUAGAUCUUACAAGUUUUUCUGGGAUUUUGACCAAUUGUAUAGGUACAAAUUUUCAUCAAUUAACCACUCGAAGUUCAGUUAACUCCAUAAAAUGUGUACAUAAUUAAAUCUUUAUUGAUUUUGUAGGAUUUUGAGCAUUUUGAAAAAUUUCACGUGAUUUUACAGGAUUUUAAAAGAUUUUAGAUUUAUGAGAUUUUAGGUUAUUUUGGAUCAUUAUAGGGAAUUUAAGAAGGGGUUUUAUGGCGUUUUUACCAACUAAUUUAAGGGAGCCUGAUAAGUAUUUUUCAAACUGACAUUUCUCCAUAGAAGACUGUCAUUUUAAUGAAUACUUAUUGUUGAAGCUCCCCUAAAAUAGUCGGUGGAAACGGGCGAAACGGCCAUUAGAGAUCCUAAAGAAUUUUUAGAAAUUUUAACGGAUUUUUGAGGAUUCGAAAGGAUUUUUGGAAAUUUUGAAUCAAUAAUUUUUGUUUAGGAAUACAUAUUAAUGAUUUUAUAAAAUUUUGCCGGAUUUUUUUUUGUUCUAAUAAAAUUUUGUGUGAUUUUGUGAAAUUUUCUGCGAUUUCAAGUGAUUUUUAAGGGAUUUUGUGAGGUUUUGUUAAAUUUUGUUCAGAAGAUUUUAGAUUUUCAAAAUUUUAGGUGAUUCUGGAGCAUUAGGGGUUUUUGAAAAGUUUUUAGAGAUUCUAAAUUCAAAUGACAAAUUUGAAUAGAAAAACAGAAAGUCCUAGAAAUUAUACCAUAAGAUUUCAUAAUACUUUUCCAAAUUUCACCAUAAGAUUCCAUGGAAUUCCCCCAUAAAAUUCAAAGGAAUUCUUGUACAAAAAUUCCUCGGAAUUACACUAAAAGAAAAAAUUUUAUGUAAUUUGACAGAAAUUACUCAGAAUUUCACUAAAAUUUAAUUCUUCGGAAUUCCAUCGAAAUUUCUCGUGGUCCCAUGGAAAUUCUGUUUAAUUCCAAGUGGAUUUUUCGGAUUCCAAGUAAUCUCACUGGAAUUCCACAAUAAGAUUUCAAGGAAUUCCAUGUAUGUAAUUCGACGAGAAUUCCUUGGAAUUUUACUCGACAUUUCAUCGAAAUUUUAUGUAAGUCGAUACAAAGUGAAAUUAUAUACAGGAUGUCCACUUAGUGCGAUAUCGAACGAUAUCUCCUUCCCACAUAACAAAAUUGCAUCCUUAGAAUGUAUUAAGAAUGUUCUUUUUUUAUGAGGAAUGUGCCUAGAAUGUUCGCCAAAACCAUUGCGAAUGUCCUGAGAAUGUUCUGAGAAAAGAUUGUAGAAAUACUGUUUGCAAUACCCAAGCACUUCCUGGGAAAUCCAUUAGGAUAUUCCUAGAAUAUACCUAUGAGAUUCUCAGUACAUCCUGAAAAGAAUAUUCCUGUUUGAUUCUAAAAAUAUGCUCGAAAUGUAUAUUCUCACAUUUAAAGAAUGUUUCUAUGACAUUAUAGUUAUGUUCUCAAAAGAAUAUUAUACCAAUAUGCUUGAAAUAUUCUUAGAAUAUAUCUACAUAUAUCACUCUCAAUAUGCAUCCUAUAGACAUAACAUUCUUGGUUGAUUCUAAGGAUAUACUUGGAAUGUUAAUUUUCGCCUUCAAAUAAUGCUCCUUUCAGCACUUUUAUAUUAAAGGCAGUGAAAGAGUUGUUGGAAAACUUCUCUGGAAAACACAAGUAUUUAACCAAAGCUCCGGUUUCGAGCCUGUUAUGCUCUCGUCGAAGCACGCCAACUGAGAGAAACAGGUUCCAAGGUGAUUCAAACGCGAGGCAAGAUGUAGAUUUUUAAUAGCGCGUGGCUCUCCCUCUCUUGGAAGUCCUACAAAGCAAAAGAAAAAGAAUAUACCUAUAAUAUUCUUAGUAGGUUCUAGAUAGAGCAUUAUUGUUUAUUUGUUAAAUUAAGAUUUUUGAGUCGGUACUUUAGAUAAUUAGGUGAACAAUAUGAAAAUAUUCUUAUCAUGGUAACCUACCUACAUAAACUUCUCAGCACAACUUGGUAGGUAUAUUCUUAUUACUUGAUAGAGAUAUUAGCCGAAAGAACAUUUUUUAGGGUACAUUAUAAUAAUGUUCGUAUGACAAUAUUCAAAGAUUGUUAUAUAAAGUAGGUUCUUAGCACAAUCUUUCAGGUAAGUGUAUAGAAGCAACAUUCCUAGUACAUAAAUAGAACGUCCAAAAAUAAAUAUGUCAAUCGAAACAAUCUUAGAAUAUUCAUUAGACAUUCCUAAAAGAACAUUCCAAAAAGCACUUUGAGGGAAUAUUCUGAGAAUAUGAAUGUUCUUCCACUGUUAUGUGGGAGGGUGAUGCAAGAAUUGACAGUUGAAAAUUGACUUUUUACAGGCUGUAAAACCUAAAGUUUUUUUUUUUUUUAAAGAUAAUUCCCCAAGUCAAAAAUUUAGUAACUAUGUUGGCAACGCAAGCUUUUUCUACAUAAAAAAAAUUGAAAGCAUUGACAAUUUUACAUUGUAUUGCCAACAUAAUGUCAGUUUGACUUUUAUCUUUAAAAAAAAAACAGAUUUUAAAUGGUUAAUUUUAGAGGAAAACCGAUUUUACAUUGCUAUCUCAGCUUUUCAUAAACUAUCAUUUUGACACCAGCUUUGAAUUUAAUCUCCAGUUAAAUUUAACUGGAAUUUUUAAUCUUGGGUGUUCCGUUUGAAAAAAAACAAAGUUCUGUCGCAUAUCGUAUAAACAGAGCACACCCUACACCUUGUAUAUUCAAAAAUAAUUUUAACUAAUGCAUAUUAGAGUAUCAAACAACUUUAUAAUUUAAUCUUUUUUUCUUGCAUCACCCUAUAGGAGAUAUCGUCGAAUAUCACACUAAGUGGACAACCUGUAUAAUUUGAUGGAAAUUCUGUGAAUAUUUCAUAGGUAAUUUUUUUUUUUUCGAAAUUCCACUGAAAUUCUCCAAAAUUCUAUAGAAAUUCCAAAUUCCAUAAUUUUUUUGAAACUUUACGGAAAUUCCCCUAAACUUCACCACUGAAAUAUCCUGGAAUUCCACAAAAUUUUCAUAAAUUUCUUCGGAAUUUCAUUGAUGACAUUUCAUGUAAUUUCUUAAAAAUUCCUAGGAAUUCACUAAAAUUUUAUGAGAAUAUUUUGAAAUUCCACGUUCAUAGUCGAAGAUUUCACGAAAGUCCAAUGAAACUUCAUGGAAUUUUUCAAAAUUUCAUUUAUUUUCAUAAGAAUUUUUCAGAAUUUCGCUGAAAUUCUCUUGUAAUAGCCAGGAAUUUCUGAGAAUAUUGAUGAAACUUCAAGUAAUUUCUUGAAAAUUCACCGAAAUAUAUUGAAAUUUCAUGUCAUUACAUGGGAAUUUUCCGGAAUAUCACCGAAAUUCCUUGUUUUUAGCCGGAAAUUCCACGGCAUUCCACUUGUGGAAUUUUACUAAAAUUCAGUAAGAACUGAAAUUUCAUGUUGAGAAUUUCGGUGUAUUUUCAUAUAUUUAUUUAGAAUUCCUCCAUGCAUUCAGGAUUUCGUGUAAUUCGAUCGGAAUUUCACUGAAAUUUCAUGUAAUUUGAGAGGAACUAAAAUUUAAUGUGAAUUCUAUGAAAACCCUGAAAAAAAUUUACAUGUGUAAUUCCGAGUGUAAUUCCUAUUUCAGAAUAACAUAAUUCUACCGAAAUUUCUCGAAAUUCCACUAAGUUUCUGAGAGACUAACCUUUAACAGAUUUUUGGGGAUUCCAAAGGAUUUUUGGGAAUUUCAAAGGAAACAUUUUUUAGGAAUGUUUAAUGAUUUAUUUAUGAGAUUUUAAAGGAUUUUUUUGAUUUUAAUGAAAUUUUGUUAGAUUUUGUAGGAUUUUAUGCAAUUUCAAGAGAUUUGGGAGAUUUUGUUAAAUUUUUAAGGAUUUCAAAGAUUUUUAGGGAUUUUGAGAAGAUCUUAUGAGAUUUUCUGGGAUUUUGACCAACUUGUACACGGAUUUUGACUAGUUAACCACCCCUCGGCUAUUCCACUCGUAAUCUUAUUUAUUCGAUGGAAGUCUGUGUGAACAUGAUCUUUAAUGCCUCGUGUUAUAACCGUGUAUAUCUUCGUGCAAUUGAUAUUCAGACACAUGUUCCUUCAAGUAUAUCAGGCAAUGAAAUAUAUAUAUACAAGACAUACUAAAAAUUUUCAAUUUCACUAAUCCACCCCUAUAAUCACCUCUGUAUCUCUAUACCUUCAUAAAGAUUGUUUAUAUGUGAGCAUUCCAAGUUAGCUUGCUAUCAAUAUACAUACCCAAAAAUAUAACAGGUUCAUACAUCAUUCCCUCUCAUAGAUCCCUCAUUGAGAAAUAUAUUAGUUCAGUCUUUGUUGCGUUCAGGUUAAAUUGAUUGCAUGAAAAUCAUUCAGAAACAGUAACGCCUGAGCCUCCCUCAUACUAUAUUCUGUUUCUUCCUUUGAAGCUGUCUUCUUAAGCAUUGAUGUGGUCUCAUCAGCAAAAAGGACAAAAUCAGUAGUCGGGUCAUAACUGCCCAGGUCAUUAACAUAAAUCAAGAAGAGCAGGGGCCCAAGAACAAAUCCCUAUGCCACAGAACAUUUUGCAUUUCAGACCAACCCCCAUUAAAUUGUACAAGCUGCCUUCUGUUUAUUAAAUAAGAGCUUAGUAGAUCAACUGCAUUCUGAUCGAAUUUAUAUAAUUUUACCUUACACGGUAGGAGCUCUUGGGAGACACAAUCGAACGCUUUUGUUGGAUAGACCUUGAAGAUCUGCAAUUUCUUUGUAGGCUUCAGAAUCUUUGAACUUUUCAGUAGCUUCAGUCUUACACAUUGGAAAAAUCUUUAAAAUAUAUUCAUUCUAGAAUCUUUAAGUCUUCAGAAAUUCUUUAGUUUUAUCAUUAGCAUCGUUUGAUGUUGCUUUAUUCAUUUUUCCAAGUUAUUAUUUCUGUCUACGAUAUUUUUCGACAAUUCAAUUACAACUUUUCAAUUUAAUAGUUUUAUUCUCUGCCUCUCUCUAUAGUCUCAAGACCUUUCGAAAUUUUCAAAUUCUUUAGAGUUUUGAAAGUCUCCGUUUAAUUUAAUUUGAGCGCUGUGAAAUUGAAACUUUUGCAAAACUGACUUCAAUUUUAGCUUAUUAAAUCAAUACAUUUAGGAAUGCCUGAUGCCAUAGUGUAAUAAAGGUUGACUAGUUAAUUUUUGAUCAUGGAAACUAAACUGGAAUAAAAAAUGUUUUAGUUCAAAAUUUAACAAUGAAAAUCAAUGUCGAGAUUAAGAUUUUUUGAAGCCUUUUUAGAUUUUUCGAUGUAUUUGGAAUACACAGAGGUUUCAGUAUGAAAUGUUGAAUUAAGUAGAGUAGCCUCUAGCACAAAGUUAGAAAAAACCCGGAUUUUUAUAAAUGUCUAUUAAGUUUUUGAGUUUUUGCGGGCUAUUGUGAUAGUUUUUGUAGGAUUUUCCAAAAAAUACACUGAGACAGUUUCUGCCUCACAGCUCCGUUAAUUUCGAUCCGAUUUCAAUAUUAUGGAGCUCUAAUUAAAGCCAAUUAAAUUCUCUACAAACUCUUCAAUUAAUAUUUCAAUUUGUUUUGCACCUAAGAAACUUCAAAAUUGAAUUUAUCGAACAUUGAAAAUUUUACAAGAAUUACAUUGAGACAGUUUUUGCCUCACAGCUCUGGUAAUGUUCGUCCGAAUUCAAUGUAAUUUAGCUCUAAUUAAAGCCAAUUAAAUUCUCAACAACCCUAUUAAUUAAGAUUUUAAUAUGGUUCCAAUGGUCUUGCACCUGAGAAGCUUCAAAAUUGAAAUUAUCCAACAUUGAAAAUAUUCAAAAAAUGACACUGUGACAGUUUUUGCCUCAUAGCUCGUUUGAUUUUUAUCUGAUUUUAACACAAUUAGGCUCCCAUUAAAGCCAAUUAAAUUCUCUACAAAUUCAUUAAUUAAGAUCUCAAUUUGGUUGUAACAGUUUUGCACCUGAGAAGCUUCAAAAUUUAAAUUAUCCAACCUCAAUCCAACAUUGAAAAUAUUCAGAAAAUGACACUGAGAGAGACAGUUAUUGCGUCAUAGCUCCUUUAAUUUUUAUCUGAUUUCAUCGCAAUCAGGCUCUAAUUGAAGCCAAUUAAAUUCUCUACAAAUCUAAUAAUUAAGAUUUUAAUUUGGUUUCAACAAUUUCGCACCUGAGAAGCUUCAAAAUUGGAAUUAUCCAACAUUGAAAAUAUUCAAAAAGUGACACUGAGACAGUUCUUACGUCAUAGCUCCUUUAAUUUUCAUCUGAUUUCAACGCAAUUAGGCUUUAAUUAAAACCAAUUAAAUUCUUUACAAAUCUAAUAAUUAAGAUUUUAAUUUGGUUCCAACAGUUUUGCACCUGAGAAGUUUCAAAAUUGAAAUUAUCUAACAUUAAAAAUAUUCAAAAAAUGAGUCUGUGACAGUUCUUACGUCACAGCUCCGUUAAUUUUCAUCCGAUUGCAAUGUAAUUAACCUCUAAUUAAAGCUAAUUAAAUUCUCUACAAAUCUAUUUAUUAAAAUUUUAAUUUCGCUUCAACAGUUUUGCACCUGAGAAGUUUCAAAAUUGAAAUAAUCCAACAUUGAAAAUAUUCCAAAAAUAACACUGAGACAGUUAUUGCCUCACAGCUGCUUUAAUUUCCAUCCGAUUUCAAUGUAAUAAGGCUCCAAUUAAAGCCAAUCAAAUUCUCUACAACGUUUACUCUGAGAAACUUGAAGAAAACUCAAGCCCCUAGAAUAAACAGAAAUUGAGAAAAAAAACUUGAGCAAUAAAAAGAGGAAACUUGAGAAAACAUGAGUGGACAAGAGACAAGUGGGUAGGCAUAUUUUUUCUAUUCCAGCCACUUGAAUUUUUUACACUCUGAGAAAUUUGGAGAAACCUCAAGCCCUUGGAAUAAAUAGAAAUUAGGAAAGCAAACUUAAGCAGUAAAAAGAUGAAACUGAAGAAAAUAUGAGUGGACAAGAAACAAGCGGAUAGACAGGCUCUUGAAUUUUCUUCACUUUGAGAAAUUUGAAGAAACCUCAAGAGCCUGGAAUAAACAAAAAUUGAGACAGAAAACUUGAGGUGAGAAAAGAAUAAAUGGUCGGAUCGGGACGAGCUGAUUUAGGAAAGAGAGGCAGAAAAUUGUUACUGUUUGUAAAGUGUUUUUAGUGAACCCGGAUCCGUGACAAUAUGAUUUUGAAUAUAAUCUUUGCCCCAAAAAAUUUAAAGAAAAAUGAAAAAAGUGACUCAUUCAGAUUAAUUUGAGUGUGAUAUUUGUUACAAAAAAAAAAACUACAGCUAGAUCCUAAAUGAUUGUGCAUUACAUUACAAGUGCGUAAGGAGUAUUAUUAUAACAUCAGCGCGGAAUAUUGCCAAAAUUUGAUUUUGAAUGUAAUAUUUGUCAAACAAAAAUUACAAACUUGUUCUCAAGUUUUCAUAAUGGAUUUUUAGAAUGUUGGUAGAAAAUUUUGAAGCAUUAUUGAACAGACUCUCAAGAAUUCAAAACUGUUCCAAUCGCUCCUAUAAGUUCAGUAGUAGAGUGGCCUGAAAUUGCGUCUAAAUUAAGAAUUAGAGUUAUUUUAAAACUGAAUUCAAAGUGUCUACACCAUUCCCAAUUGUAAUUUGAACAUUAUAAUUUGUAAUUUGGAAUGGGAAUUUUCUUUUUGGAGAAUUCCGGUAAUUUUCAUCCGUUUCCAAUGUAAUUAAGCUCUAAUUAAAGCCAAUUAAAUUCUCUACAAACUUGUUAAUUAAGAGUUUCACUAUGGUAGGAAUGAGUUCUGUAUGAGUGGAUCUUUGACACAAAAAGCCUAAAGCUCACUGGGUUUUUGUGUGUGCCAAUGCCAACCCUGCUCUAGCAAGAUACUUGAAAAAUCUUCUUCGAAUAUAAAGCCUUGAAAGCCUUCAGAAUUUUCAGAGGCUUGGGUUUUGAAUCAAAGUGAUCUUUAAAGUCUUCAUUGUAAAAUUCCAAUACUAAAGACUUUUCAGAAAGUCUUCAGCUCUGAAGUAUUUGAGAUUUUUGGAGUCUAUACAGGGUGUUACAAAUUUGAGAUGGAUAUUGAUAACUGUAAAAAAUACUUAAUACUUAAUAUAGAUCAAGGCAGAACAGGGCAGUUUAAUGCUGUUUUAAAAUUUCAGCUACUUUUAAAAAUAGAUACCUACUUCAAAAAAGAAACUUCUUUUGUAGCCUCUACAAUUACCAAAAUCCCUAUGUAUGAAGGUAUCCAAAACAAAACUGUUUUCCCUUGACUAAAAGUCAACAACUAAAUCUAUCAGGAAAGUAACUGGCACUUAAAGUUGUGAGCAAAAGAGUUAAAGAAAACCAAUAUAAAAAAAAAACAUACACACAAGAUGCUUCUCAAGCACUCCUUUGUUAUAUUUUUGACAUAAUCACAAACAUUAUAUAAAAUUAAUAAGUAGAGAACUCCCUAAAACUAAGUAUGUAGCUGUAAGUACCUAUAUUGUUAUAGGGUUGUUAUAUUGAAGCCAGAUCACUCACGUAUGAACCAAAAAAUACAUGAGGAAUUUGGUUUGAACCCACUGUGCAAAAAAAAAAAAACAUUAAAAUAGUUUAUUUUGCUAAUAGUUACCAUGUUGAAACUGUAUUAGUUGGUUGAAAAAAAAAAGACAAUUUUAGUUUAUAUACACUAUCUAAAAGCAAGAGCACAAAUUAUUGUAAAAUAGUGCUAUUUGUUGUUGGAAAUGUUAUCGUAAUUUUUCAUCAAUGUAAUCAUGUGUUCA